CGGUCCGUUUCUCCCAACAUCACAGUUCAAUAUGCGUCUUUUUGCUUUCACUUCCAUCUUGCCUGCUAUCGCACUUCUCAUCCUUCUCUCAUCCGAUCAAGCCUUCGGGGCUGCUGUCCCCAUUGUGCGACGCGCCCCAAGUUCAAAGUGGGCAGCGAAGAACAGUAACGGUGGCACAGUGGCCGCAAACAAAGCUUUCACUAUCAACAUGGCAGUUAGGGGCCACUCGACGGGUAACUUUGUCAACGCACAGCAAAAUCACUUUUCUGCUCCUCAACAGCUGGAUAAUAACGGGGUCGUCCAUGGCCAUUCACAUGUUGUCGUCGAGAAGCUAACCUCUCAUACACAAACAACGCCCACCGAUCCAAAAACGUUUGCCUUCUUCCAGGGUCUUAAAAAACCUGUGCCCAAGGCGGCCUAACUGCCGACGUGUGAAAGCCAACGUCAGGAAGGUUUUCCCCAACGUCAAAAGGAGCGAGCUUGAUGAGGAUUACUUUGGCGAGCAAAUUAGACGGUGUAGCGGAGAGUUUAAAUGAUAAAUAAUACUAUUCGAACUGCA